GGAGAUGAGACUGAAGUAAGAGGCGUGGGUGUGCAUGUGUUUUUAGGAACACUGACUUGUGUUUGUGCCAUGAUAUGCGACCCUGCAGGCAGCAAGUGUGUACAGAUGCUGCGAAGGAAGGGAGGGAGUGUGACACGGGCCUGCAUCACUGAAGUGGGUGGGAGCAGGUGGGGGAAGAAAAAAAAAAACACACAGAAACCGUUUAUAAGAGAGUUCUGCCAGGGUUAUAUUUUCAUAUGUGUGACUGCUGACUGAUCGAACUGCUGAGCGUGUUCACUUGACGGGAAGAGCCCUGGCACGACUUCACAGACAGGUACAGUAACAAGCCAAUGAUGAAUUACUAAGAGGGAUUAGAUUUCUUGUUUUAAACCUAGAAAACAAUAAAUCAUAUGAACUCGAGCGGAGUAGAUCAGAGUUAUGAGGCGUGUGAUGUUAUUUGAAAGAAGCUGUUGGGAUUGUUGCUGUUGCAGUAAUACUGAGGGCCAUUUGAUCUUUUAGUUUUAAACCCCAAUCCACAAAUAUGAUGGUAAAUUAUGUAUUUAAUUUGUACAUGUGGAUUUAUGUUUUUCUGUUAAAUAUAAAGUUUAUAAUGUUUGUGUGAAUUUAUUUUGCUUGGGGUUGACAGAUUUUCCGAUCCAAUCAGAUCCAAUCCUAAUUAUUCUAAUCAAAUACAAACUAAUCCAAAACAAUCCAAUGUAAUCCAAACCAAUCCAAUGACAUCCAAACUAAUCUAAUGUAAUCCAAUCCAAUCAGUCAAAUCCAAAUCAUUCUUAUUGGAUAUGAACAAAUCCAGUCCAAACCAUUUUAAUCCAGUACAAACUAACCAAAACAAUCUAAUCUGAUCUAAUAUAAUCUAAUCUGAUCCCAUCAAAAUUAAACAGACCAAUCCAAAUUUAUCCAUUCCAAUUUAAUCUAAUCCAGUAUAAAGUAUAAUUGCUUAUAAUUUUAUUUAGAUAAGAAUGUCACCCACAGUUUAAAGCUCCUGUGUGGUAGACAUGUUGAGAUGAUUUUGGCGCCCCCCUGUGGACAAAGUUGUCCUGUCUUCACAUGUGUUUCACUCUUAUCCAACCCCCCGCCAGUGGUUUCAGACAGAAAUAACUGCAUAGAAGUUCUCACUUGUUCCUGUUUGUGGUCUUGUUUGCAUUUUUAGGUCCUUAAGAGUCAUUAAUAUUAAUUUCAGUCUAUUUAACAGCCGUUUAAAAACUCCUCAGAGGAGCUUUAAUUCAAAUCUGGUGGUGAAUUCAAACCAAAUAUCACAUCUACUUAAACACAGACAAGAAAUGGUGAUGUGUCAGUCCUCGCCCUCGAGCUGUGAGCCACACACAUAAAAAAUUUGGAAGUUUCAUUAUGUAAAGUCUCUUUUAAUCACUUUCUUUGUAAAAGCAGCUUCCAAAUAAGACUAAAGAUACAGACAUUUGUGACAAAAAUCUGCGUUUCAAGGAUUCUUUAAGUAUAUACAGCCAAGUAUUCUCAUCUCGUGAAGGGGGGCCUUGCAGAAAAAAAUCCUGCAAACAAUAAAACCUCAAUAAUCUUAUUUCAAGAUAUGGACUUUCGUUUAUCGUAAUUAGUUAAAGAUUGCUUCCGAUAAGUUUUCAUUAGAAGUUUCUUGAUUUGUUUGUAUCUCAAGAAACUUAUUAAGAUCAGUUUCCUGGAAGCAAAGGCAGCUGCUUUUGCUCAGGACAGUCAGCCAAGUCCUUAUUUCACGCUUGUAAUGUCGUAAUCGAAGAUUUAAAUCAAGACUUGUAAUGCCAGGGGGGAUUACGUUUGCUUUAAGGUGUGUUUUGUGAGGCAUUUUCAGUGUCCUUGAGUGUUUUUAACUGUUUUUACUGUGUGAUAAUUGGUGUUUUGUGUUGUCAAUGUGUUUUUAAUAAUGCUAUUUCUCUGUGCAGCAGAACUUUGUUUGUUUUAUGAGCUGUAAACCUAGUGGAUUAGAUAUAUUUUAGCUUUUGAGGAGACUAAUCUACUUGUUUGGAUUAAUUUUUUGUGCAGUUUUAGUCAUCCUGGCCCCUGUAUCUUAUAUUUCUGUGAUUUUCAGACUAAGAAGAUGGUGAUGAAGACAAUUUUUCUCCUGCUCUGCAUGAUUUUAACAUGUGGAGCUCAGAAAUGGAAGCAGGAAGCAUCACGUUGGGACCCUAAAGGUCAGAAAUGAUGUUGUCAUACUUAACUUUUUUUUGUUUUUUUUCUCCAUCUGUGCCUCAUUAACUUACAUGUCAACUUUAACGUCUGAUUUCAGGAGAAAACAGCAACAGCAAAACCUGCGCUAACAUGACCCAAGUCCUGGACAACUGGAAAUUCGCCAUCAUAACCCAAGUGAAAGAUCUGCUGAUAAAUGACCACGCCUCCGUGCUACCUGAAUACAACAGGUGUGUUCCUCCUGCCUCUGAUGGAAGUGUAAAAGCCAAAAUGAGGCAAAAAAGUGCACAGAAAGUGUGUCUUAUGCAAGAGAGAGGUGAAAAGUGUGCGAACAACAAGCGCUGGUGAUCUCAGUGAACAUUUUAUUGUUCCUCGUGGUCAGACGCAAUGAGGCAUUAUGUAAGCGCUGUUCCCUGCACGUGACCGCUGACCUGUCAGAGCCAGUAAUGUGAUCCACGAUUGCUCUGGUCCACACAAGGCCGAAUCAGUUUAGUAAAUGACCUCACCGAGGAGACAGGGCCAGUAAAUUACUGGAAAUGUUGCAGCCUUGUGUUCUGCUGAAGCCUUUCAGCUCUUUUGCUGAGUAACUUCCUCAUGUUUUGGCUCGCUUUAGGUGUCUUUGCUGAGAUUUGCGCCAAAAUUCUGCUUCUUUUUAAAACUUAGGGACUUCUUUUCUUUCUGCCUGUCGUCCUGAUGUUUCCUGCAGAUGAUACUCCUCCUGUUCCUCCUUAACAGCAUGGCGUGACUUUCCUGUUGCCAGUUCUGCUUGGUUCUCCUCAUGUUUUGCCAGUAAACAAUGUCCUGAUUCAAUGUGAGCUUCUGGGACAUGGUAGUGCCAAAGCUUUUGGACAGGUCGUCCAAACAUUCAAGGUGAUUUACUCAUCUGCUCUUGUGUCUAGGAUCCAGCCCCUCUCAAAUGCUUUAGGAGACCUCUACAAGCAGUUUAACGCUCUGAAGGAUGAGCUCGCCACGCUCUCGGCGAAGUUUGACAGCGUGGAGGCUUUUGUGGACGAUUUGAAUAGCGGCAGAUUCGCUGUGCCCCAGCGGCCCGUGCAGAGGCUCCCCCCAAGUGUCGGACUCAGGUCUCCACUGCGAGCACAGAUGAGGGCUCCUGUGAGGGGAGUGAUCAGAGGGCCAACACUGAUCAGAGCGAGGAGGAGGGGGCCACACACACCUUAGACCUCCUCAUCAGAAAGUGUUGAUCUUGUACUGAUGCUGGUGUAUCAAAAGGAGAUUUGUUUGUAUAUUUUAAAGGAAAUAUUUAUACCACUCAUGCAUGGUGCAUGAAUAUGACAACUUUGGAAUCGUGUAUAUUAUCUAAUUCUUUUUAUACAGCUAAUUCUUACCACAAGGUGGCAGCAUUGAAUCAAUUAUCUGAGUUAUCUUGUGCUUUUGUAUAACAGCGAGACAUAGCAGGACUGGAGUUGUGUGAUAACACAGUAUAAAACUUUUCAUCAUUGUACAAAUGUCCAUUUUUGUCCAUAUCUUUUUAAAGCUUCUUUUUUU